AUGCACAGGGUGUCGCGAAAGCACUUCACGAUCUCCUGCCGCAUGCUGCCCCUGGCGGAUGGGCGUAGCCACCCAGCUAUGUUCGUGCGCUGUCUCUCCCGCAACGGGCUCCUGGUUGGCGGGAGCUACGUGGGCGCGGACGCCGAGCAGCGGAUUGAGCAUGGCACCGAAAUCGGGCUCGGCAUCGCUGCGGCGCCUACGCCCGAUGACUCUCAGCCAGCGAGCAUGGUGUCUGUGGCCACGGCUGCCGCGUGGCGUCCCCCGGCGAUGAAGUCCUUUGUGGUCUUCGAACUGGAGGUACAGGAGCCUCAGACACAGAGGGUGGAGCCAAAGACGGUGGUGCCAGUUGCUCAACAAGCCGUCGUGAUAGACCGGGCCACGCCCGUGGCGCUGCCGCGCCCCACCUCUGUAGCGCCCAGUUCAGGAGGCCCUGCAACUGGAACGGCAGCGUCGCUGUGCCCUUCCUCUCAACUGGAGUCCAUGGUGGCACCGCCCGAGUGCUUUGUGCUACAGAAGGACAGCCAGAUUUGCCAGUCGCCACUCGUCAAGUUCUUCAAGUCCCAAAUGGGCUCCUGA